AUGCAGAACCAGGCUAUCGUGGUCAACGUCGGACCGGAGAGGCAGCAGGGACGCAAGUCGCAGCAGCAGAACAUUCAGGCGGCAAAGACCGUGGCAGAUGUCAUCCGAACGUGUUUGGGCCCCCGAGCUAUGCUCAAGAUGAUUCUCGACCCCAUGGGCGGCAUCCUCCUCACGAACGACGGCAACGCUAUCCUCCGCGAGAUUGAGGUUGCGCACCCGGCGGCGAAGAGCAUGAUCGAGCUGUCGCGGACACAGGACGAGGAGGUCGGAGACGGCACGACGAGCGUCAUCAUCCUGGCCGGUGAGAUCCUCGCGCAAGCGAUGCCCCACCUCGAGCGCAACAUUCACCCCGUCGUCAUCAUCUCGGCCUUCAAGCGCGCCCUCGAAGAAGCGCUGACCAUCAUCGAGUCGAUCUCGAUCCCCGUCGACCCUUCGAACGAAGACGAGAUGCUCAAGCUGAUCAAGACGUCGAUCGGUACCAAGUUCGUCUCGCGGUGGAGUGACAUGAUGUGCAAGCUCGCGCUCAAGGCAGUCCGUACGGUCGCCAAGGAGGAGAACGGGAACAAGACGGUCGACAUCAAGCGCUACGCCAAGGUCGAGAAGGUCCCUGGCGGCGAGAUUGAAGACUCGUGCGUCCUCGACGGCGUCAUGCUCAACAAGGACGUCACCCACCCCAAGAUGAGGCGGCGGAUCGAGAACCCUCGUGUUGUUCUGUUGGAUUGCCCUCUUGAGUACAAGAAGGGCGAAUCCCAGACCAACAUUGAGGUGGCGAAGGAGGAAGACUGGAACCGCAUCCUCGAGAUCGAGGAGGAGCAAGUCAAGCAGAUGGCCGAGAAGAUUAUCGAGUUCAAGCCGGACAUCGUCUUUACCGAGAAGGGCAUCUCGGACCUCGCCCAGCACUACCUCGUCAAGAACAACAUCACCGCCAUCCGCCGCGUCCGCAAGUCGGACAACAACCGCAUCGCGCGCGCGACCGGCGCCACCAUCGUCAACCGUGUCGACGACCUGCGCGAGAGUGACGUCGGCACCAAGUGCGGGCUGUUCCACGUCGAGAAGCUGGGAGACGAGUACUUCACCUUCCUGACCAAGUGCCAGGACCCGAAGGCCUGCACGAUUCUCCUCCGCGGCCCGUCGAAGGAUGUCUUGCACGAGGUCGACCGGAACCUGGCGGAUGCGAUGGCCGUCGCACGCAACGUCGUCUUCGACCCGCGUCUCGCACCGGGAGGAGGAGCGACUGAGAUGGCUAUCAGCGUUGGGUUGGCGAAGAAGGCGCGAGCUAUCGAGGGCGUUCAGGGCUGGCCGAUGCGUGCCGUCAGCGAUGCCAUGGAAGUUAUUCCGCGCACGCUGGUGCAGAAUUGUGGCGGUAACGCAAUCCGCACUCUGACGACUCUGCGGGCGAAGCACGCUGCGGGCGAGUCGUCGUUCGGCGUCGACGGCGAGACGGGCAAGGUCGUCGACAUGAAGGAGUACGGACUGUACGAGUCGGCGGCCGUCAAGGUGCAGACGCUGAAGACGGCUAUCGAGUCUGCAUGCUUGCUGCUCCGCGUCGACGACAUCGUCUCGGCGAAGCGUCCGCAAGGAGAAGGAGGACCCGGUCCCAUGCCUCAGCAGGGAGGCGGCGAAGAGUAG